UGUUGCUAGGAGAUACUGUCGCGCCGCCAGUUUUACUGCUAAACUGCGUUUCCUUUAGUUUUAUAUACAUAUAGAUAUAGUUGUAUACAUUUCUGCUUUUAUUAAAUUCGUUAUUGAGCAUAGCCUCGGGUUGGAGCAUGGCAGGAACACCUGAAACUCUGUUUUUCUUCGAGGUUUUUGUGGAUUAUGUUCGAUUCAAUGGAGCUGGGAAAGUAGAUAAAGUAAAACCUGCUGUUGGUGUGCGCUUCUUGGAUUUCCCCACACUUUUGAUUUACAGCUCAGAAGAUCAUAAUUUCUUAUCAAAAACGAGUUCUGAUAAAAGACUCUCAUCAUCAUGUGCAUCUUCACCAACAGGAGAGGAAAGUGUUGCCUUUUGCUUCAAAAAAGGCAAGUCCUGCUUGUUUAAAAUCAGUCUGGAUGCUCUUCACACUCACCUAUCCAGCACACCUGUCUACACCAUGCUGCUGGAUGUAGGGGGAGAUGAUGUUCCUAAGCUAAUUGGAAGUUCAUUUAUGUCUCUGGCAAAACUGACAGCCUCUAUCAAACUUGACGUGGAAAAACAUGGUAUUUGGACGCCAGCAGCUUAUGGAGAAAACAGGAUUAAUUGCCUUUUGAACCUUAUGGGUGAAAGAAUAGGAACUAUAUCCCUUGCCUGUAAACUGGUAAGUUUGGCGGCGAGUUCAAUUCCAAAUAUAACUAAAAGAAAUUUGGAAUUAAGUACCGGUUCAGAAACAAACCCCACAAAAUCGGCAAUAGCUGAAGAGAAUCUGAACAAUAAAAUGUCAGUGGAUAAAUUUCAACCACCACACCCUGAGAACAGCACAGUUACCUCCACUUAUGUUCAGCAGCCAUUGUGCAUUAAUAAGCACCCAGUGUUGUCUGAAACAUCCAAAACAAACAAGCUGCAUAUUUCUUCAGUCUGUUCCCAAGAAGAACAACACAUAAAGGAAUACAGAGCUUCGUUUCAUGAAGUGAAGUCUGGUGGUGAUCAGCUGUGCAGCACAUUUUGUCCUCCUCCUCUGUUUUACAAUUCCAGUAGGAGGAAUCCACAACAGCUCUCUGCUAAAAGUUACCAGAUGGUAAACACCACAGCGGAAAGUCUCAGGAUGAUGGAUCUGACAACCAAAGACUGCAAUAAUGAGACUUGUCAAAUGGAAUGUGUCCAUAGAGUUAAAGAGGAACCAAAGAAGAGUGAAGAGGCUGGUUUACAUCCCAGUUCCGGGACACUGAUUAGCCAAACUGAGCCCACUGUUCUCAGGGAUGCUAUUAGGCAGUUGCCUCUGCUCAGCACGCUUCUUAUUGAACUCUCACAUCUAAAUGGACAGUUACAGUUGCAGCAACCACUGCCAGUUCAGUCUGCCCAAGAAGGCUUUCUUGGCCUUAUGUCUGCAAUAAGUCCACAAACUAAUGUUCUCCAAACAGCUUUAUCACUAGUUCAAGGACCUGAUCACUCAAUCACUAAUAGAGACUUAUUCGCUGAAUGUACUGGUAGAAAUACACAUGGAAACUCUCAUGUGUCUUCUAAAAGCUGCAUAUCACCUUUUAUUUCUACAAAGAAACAACCAGUUGGUUCAAAAAGUCACCGGGAACUGUCACACCCCAAGCAAAAGCUUAGGUAUGGUUUAACUCACAGUUUUCGCCUUCGCCUUAGACAGAUCAAGCCAGGUUUGAUGAGGCACCACGAAUGCAUGGAAAAGUCCAAAACUAGAGUAAUAGUUAAUUCACAGAAAAAAACAUCUGCCAAAGAGGAUCAUACAUCAGCUAGCCAGAGUUUCAGCAGAGAUUUGGAGAAAUGUGGUCAAACAACUGAAACUGACUGUUUGCUACCUGAAACUGCUGGAUUAUCACAUUCACAAAAGUCAUCAAUGGGAAAAGACUUCCACAAUAAGAGAGAUAAAGUCCAUGUUCAGAGUGCACCUGGCCAGCAUUUUGACCACAGUACCUACGAGAAAGAAACAGAUCCAUUUUAUUUAGUUCAAAAAAGCACUGACUUGCAGGGCUCCAGUGAAAGUGAUGUGGGAAAUAACGGACACUACAGACCUUCUCACAGGUCAGACUCUAAUAGCGAGAGUAGUCCAGAGCCAUGUAAAUACCAGGAUGAUUUCACCAGUUUGGACCCCACAGAUGGAUCACCUAACCCCCUCAGUAGCCCUGAACCAUCCAGACCACAAAUGACACAGAUUUCCAGUGGCAGCUCCAGCUUAGGCAGCUCCAGCUCGGUCAGCUCUGUGCACAAAAGCAGACCUCACCCUGUUCCUGUUAAAACACAGACAUCUCCAAAACGCUCUCUCAAAGGGACUUGCAUGAUAAAGCCUGUAACAGCUGCUCUCAGUGACAGUACACCAUCAGGAUUAUCAGAUGAUGCUAAGAGCAGAAAUUCUGUACAUCCUCACAGAAAUUCUGAAUCAUACAGGAGUUUCCCAGAGAGUCCCACAGUAUCCAGGAAAGUUGAGUCCCCAAUGAGUGACCAGGCUAAUGAGAUUGCACCAAUGAAGGAACAGUAUGUAGACAAGUUUCAAACCUCUGACGAAUUUAUGCUGGAGUCAGUAUCCUCAACAGGCCCUAAGGAGAAGAUGGAUAAACUUAGUUCUUUAGGGUUUCAGAAUAAAUAUCUACCCAUCUCAAAACUGGUAGUCAACCAGCUCCCAGGCUAUACACUAUGAUAACUAAACCCUAUCCUGGUAUGCAAUGUAGUAAAAUAACCUAAUGGGGGGUAUGAAAAAAAGGUGUACUGAUGUAUUGUGCAAAAUGUAUUUCCUUUGACCUGUUUAUGAAAUACUUCAUAUUUUGUGCAUAGUAUGUACUUUUAUUUUUGUGUUUUGUAUUUUGCAUUUCUUAAGUUUUAUGUGUUUAGUAUAAACCAGAGGUGGGACAAAAUAUUAGUAUCUCACUAUAUAUCGUUUCCUUUUUGUUAGCAAUACAUUAUUGAUAUCUGACAUCAAAAAGGUAUUUUUCAUAAACAUUACUCGGUGUGGUGGUGCUAAUUAAAUGAAUAGGAUAAACCUGCUGUGAAGAACAUUGAGUGUGAAAUUCUGUAAAACUUACAACAAAAAAUCUAUAACUCCUUGUAUUUGCUUAUUAAGGUGUAUUUUUGAUAUGUUUCAAAACAAUUAUGCUUAUAUUUUUGUCAUGCCUACACCUAUUGUGUCUUUCUCAUUUCCAUAAAUGGGAGCAUACAGUCUGUUAACUCAUGAUAACAAUACAAAGUGUUUUUAAAACACAGCUGUAUAUUCUUUACAUUGUUUAGUGAAUGUCAUUUGGUCAUUGGGUAUUAUAAUAGGAAGUGAACACACAGAAAUGCAAUAAUGUAAGAACAUUUCUUAAAGAAGUAGGUUCCACUACUAAGUUUAAAUAAUUUGGAUGAUGUGCUAAAGAGUAAAGCAGGCCAGUUUGCAAUUUAGUUGGAAUAAAAUAAACACCACAAAAAUUAGAGUAAUCUCCACAGAUCGGUUUUCACAAACACAUAGCUGACAUAGUUAUAGUGUUUGAUGGGAGCGAUCUGGGAAGCCUCCACCCAUGGAUUCUGGACAUGUAUAUCCUUUAAUCGUCAUGUAUAUCUUUUUAUUUGAUAAUUAUGAUAAUUCAAUAAUAAUAAUAAUAAUCAUUUAACUGUAAUCAUUAGCAAUAAAUUGUGCAGACACACCACAGUUUAUAUUUUUAGAAUCUGUUAUUCCACUAGGAUCUUUGUGUUGUUAGAAUAUCAUGUUCAUUUAGAAGAGGCAAGGUUGUUUUAUGCUGUGACAGGAUGCAAGGACAAGAUGUUGACAACUGCAGAGGGAGAUUUAGCCCGGAUGAGAGAUAGAGGAACUAGCUAUCUGUGUGAUUGUGCUAGUAACCUCUCCUUAGAUGCACUCCUGUUCUACAUGGUGCAAAGUCACAGACAGGCCAGAAAACACAGAAAACACAAAAAAGGCCACAGGAAUGGACAACAACAUGCUGUUUGUGCAUAUACUUUGUUGAUGCAACAUAUAUAAUGAAUUGUCAUGUAUGACCAGUAGUGUAAUGUUGAUACAUUUGAAUAACCAAUCCUAGAGAUAUUCAUGUCACUAUUGAUUAUUAUAGAACUAGUGAGAACAUGCAUUCUGAUAAAGUAGAUUUACAUGUAAUUGACAUUCAAGUAUAAUUUUUAAUGCAGAGACAGAGAAGUUUGACUGUAGCUCUUGAUCAUUUACAACAUUUUUUCUGUAAUGCUUUUUAUCUUACUCCCUUACUUUUUGUCUAAUAAAUCUACUGGUGUGUCUGUAAUACUACAAUGAUUUUCUUCAGUAAAUUUUAUUCUAAAUUGGA